AUGUGCAAUUGCACGCACCGCGGGGCACCUUACGACUACAUACUGAUGUCAAUCUCCAUAGUUUGUCCGUGCUGUCAUUUCGGUGAUUUGGAAACACCGGAACAACUUUGUGAUCACGUAUCAACUGUGCAUAAAACUCCGGCACCUAUUCAUGAACAUUUUUUCGACGAUGGUGAUCAGUUACAGGCUUGGCUAUCCGAAGUGGAAGACUCACGUACUGAAGGUGGUUACGUUGGCUCAGAAGAAGGUCCAUCCAGUGACGAUAAGGAAUACUAUUUGCUGUGUCGAAGACGUGCAUCUCCAUUGCUAAAGCGACGUCGUCUGACCGAAUCCGCGCGGUUUAGUGAAGCCGAAGGAAACACGGUCUCAUGCACGGCUUUCGUCCACGUAAUGGAAAGAGUUGAUGGAUCGGUGUACGUGCGAUUCUGUUUGGAGCAUGCCGGGCACGUUCCGUCCGAUCAGCUGAGACAAUCGCCGCCACCUGUCUCGAGAGCCAAAAGAAAGAGAUCGAAUUUGAAACGCCCUGCACAAAGUAUUAGCGAUUCGUUGACGAACUCGGCUGAAAGCAGUGUACUUUUGCCUCACAAACAGACCACAACAGAUCCGCCUGUUAUCAAAGAUGUCGAGAUGAUAUGUGGUGAUGUCAUUGAGGACAAUAACAAUAUCGACCCUCUACGAAAGGUGGAUAUGGGACCAGAUGUUGAAUUUGACACUUCGACAAUCAAUUCACAAAUUACACAAAGACUCGAUAAUACCACGGAUAGAUUGAGAGUCUUAACUCAGGUCCUAGCCGAUCUUGCUGUGGAUAUCCAUGCAUUUGAAGAACGACAAUGCGCUAUUAUGAUUUGAAGAAUUUUCUUCCUCAAAGGAAUCCUCCCUUAUUUGAGGCAGU